AUGUAUACACAGUCCAACUGUGGUACACGGACAUUGAACAUUCGUGGUUAUCGACGAACAAAACGGCAAGCCGGACUUCUCUCCAUCCCUCAUUCUUUUGACGAUGUGCUCUCAUCGCCAGCAAUAAGGAGUUUAGCAACACAAAAUGUCCACAACUAUCUAGCAAAUCAACAUACUAGCCGAGCAGAAACCGACACUGCGAAUCGGCUUCUUCAGAUUCUCUACGAUUCCCCUGAUGUUUCCGUCUCAAUUCUUCAUCUGAUGUUAGCAUCUGGAAGUGAAAAUGGCACUAUGGCUGAUAUGCUGUCGCGCUAUGGACAUGGUCAAAGUCUGCUGAUGCAGGGUGGACUGCAUAGAUUAACAAGGUUAGGAGCAUACUUUAUGAACCUGGGUGCAUUACGAUAUGUCGGAAGUAGAGCAUCUUAUUUUCCAGCGCUCUAG